UCUUCUGAGUUCCAACGUCCUCUCUUUCUUUCACCUUACAAGCUCUUCCAAUCAUUGCCUCUGACCAAACAGUCAGAUUUUUGCCUGUACCUGCCCCAAAUUUGGCACUAUUCUCGCCUUAUAAAUACCACCCAACCACAGGACCAAACACAUGGCGUUGUGGCUGUUGCAGAAGUCGAGCCUUAAACAGGGUUUGGAUUACUCAACCAGCUGCCACGCGUGUUCAAACUGAAAUAUAGCUAGAGCUUCUGUCAUGGAUUCCAUCAUACCUCGGCUGUUGGAUCCCAUCACUCAACUCAUAGGACAUGUCGUCAACCUCCAAGAAAAUGUGGACUCCCUGAAGAACGCCAUGAACGAAUUGAAAUGUGUAAGGGACGACGUGAAGACAAGGGUGGAAGUUGCCGAACGGCAGAAACUCAAACGCACACACUAUGUGCACUGGUGGCUAGAAAAAGUAGAAGCAAUCGAAGGAGAAGUGAAUGCCAUGGUAGAAGAAUCUAAGAAAGUGACGAGAACGAGUUGGUCUGGCUACCAGCUCUGCAAGAAGGUGGCGAUGAAGCUGGACGACGUGGUCAAGUUGAAGAGCAAAGUUGAUUCCUUUAAUGUAGUGGCAGAGAAGCGGCUUCCUGAUGCCAUUGAAGAGAUGCCUUGCACAUCAGCUGUGGGCAUGGACUUGAUGUUGUCGAAUGCUCUAGGUUUGAUUAGUGAAGACGAAGUGGGAAUUUUUGGAAUAUAUGGAAUGGGGGGAGUCGGGAAGACGACUCUCCUAAAAAAGAUUAACAACGAAUUCCUUGUAAGAACUCAUGAAUUUGCUUUCAUCAUUUGGGUGGUGGUGUCUAAAGAGUUAAAUGUGGAAAAGAUUCAGAAGGAUAUCGGGCAGCGGUUGGGCUUGUCUUGGGUAGAGAAUGAAAGCAACAAUGAGACACGGGCUCGAGACAUUUACAAGGUCUUGAGCAAUAAGAAAUUCAUGCUGUUGUUUGAUGAUAUAUGGGAACGGUUAGAUCUAGAGAUGAUCGGAAUUCCUCAUCCAAACAGCCAAAACAAGAGCAAGGUCGUCUUCACCACACGAUUUGAGGACGUUUGUGGCCGCAUGGCUGCCGAUAAGAAGAUCAGAGUAAAUUGCCUCCAGGAGCAAGAAUCAAUGAAUCUGUUUCGACAGAAUGUUGGUGACGAGGCCAUGAUUUCUCAUCGGGACAUACCGUCCCUUGCUAUGAAGGUUGCCAAAGAGUGCAAAGGUCUGCCCCGUGCGCUAAUAACCAUCGGGCGGGCCAUGGCAUGCAAGAAGACACCACAGGAAUGGGAGCAUGCAAUAUCAGUUCUUAGCACGAGCAAGCCACCAUCAGAGAUAUCAGUUCUUAGCACGAGCAAGCCACCAUCAGAGAUAUCAGGUAUGGAUGAUGAAAUGCUUUUGCGUUUGAAAUUCAGUUAUGAUAAUCUCGGUGGCGACUUGAUUAAAUCAUGUUUCCUGUACUGUGCCCUGCUUCCGGAGGACGACUCCAUUAGCAAAGAACAACUUAUAGAUUACUGGAUACGCAAAGGAUUCCUAGAUGGGUGGGAUGAUGAUCUUGAUGAAGCCCAUAACAAGGGACAUGAUAUCAUUGGAAGAUUAAAGGCUGCAUGCUUGUUGGAGAGUGGUUCUGAUGAAAAAACAAAGGUAAAGUUGCAUGACGUGAUAUGUGAUCUGGCAUUAUGGAUAGCUUCUGAGUGCGGAGAGAAGAAGAAGAGGUAUUUAGUAAAAGCGGGAAUUGGACUGAGGCAUGCACCAGAUGUUGAAAGGUGGAAGGAGGCAGAGAGGAUAUCUCUAAUGAAUAAUUACAUAAAAGAAUUUACAGGGACACCUCAAUGCCCCAACCUCUUAACCUUACUGCUCCAAAGGAAUCAGAAUGUGUAUUUUAAAAAGUUCCACACUGAUUUUUUUCAGUUCAUGCCUCUUCUCAGGGUCUUGGAUCUGUCAGGUAAUUCACUUUUAAAGGAGCUUCCUGCAGGGAUCAGUAACUUGGCAGAGCUACGAUAUCUCAAUCUAUCAUGUACAGGGAUCCGAUCAUUGCCUGAAGAGAUAGGAAAUCUGGUGAAAGCUGAAGCACUUGGACUACUUGGAGUAUACAACUUGCUUGCACACAAUUCCUCAAGGCGCAAUCUCCAGGCCUUCUGAGUUAAGAGUAAUGAACCUAUAUUAUAGUAUUCAAAGUGGGAAGAAGGGAGUGAGGGAUAAACAUGAGUGAUUUGGAAGGCAUGGAACGUUUAAUCCAUCUUGGAAUCACCUUAUCAACUGUGCAUGCUCUUGAAAGGUUGCUCUGCUCAAGCAAGCUGCGGAACCUGACUCGAUAUCUAUGGCUGAUAAGGUGUGAGGGCAUGACAAACUCCCAUUUUACAG